CUCACACCUCGUUUUGCUGCACAAUGAAUGUUCAGCGUGCUCCCUAUAUAUGUGGCCAUUGCACGGCGCGGAUUACCCGCGUGUCUGUGCGCCAUUCUCAGCGCCAGACCUUCUCACGAUUGACAGCUCAAUCGCGUCAGUACAGCCAGGUUAUUCAGAAUGAGCGGCCUUUCCGCGUGGCCGUGGUAGGGUCAGGCCCGGCAGGCUUCUAUGCGGCUUAUCGACUCCUCUCCAAGGUAGACAAUGCCUCGGUAGACAUGUACGAGAAGCUUCCGGUGCCAUUUGGUCUUGCGCGAUACGGUGUUGCCCCUGAUCACCCAGAAGUCAAGAAUUGCGAAGAGAAGUUCACCGAAGUCGCAGCAUCUCCGCGCUUCAACUUCAUCGGCAAUGUUGAACUAGGCGAAACCCUCCCCCUCAGCUCUCUCAAGCCACACUACGAUGCCAUCCUGUUCGCAUACGGUGCCCCGAAGGACAAGGAACUGGGAAUACCUGGUGAAAAGGCAAUCCGCAACGUCUACUCGGCUCGGGAAUUUGUCGGGUGGUACAAUGGCCUUCCGGAACACCGUGAUCUUGCCCCGGACCUGACUGCCGGUGAAGACGCCGUGAUCAUCGGACAAGGAAACGUGGCCCUGGAUGUGGCCAGAAUCUUGUUGUCGGAUGUGAAUACCCUGCGGAAGACGGAUAUUGCCGAAUAUGCUAUUGAGGAGCUGUCAAAGAGUAAAGUCAAGCGUGUCCGGGUAGUUGGCCGCAGAGGACCGAUGCAGGCUGCAUUCACCAUCAAAGAACUCCGCGAACUGCUCCAACUACCAGGUGUAGCAUUCGACCCAGUCCCGAAGAAUCUCUUUCCCCCGGAAGACGUCAUGACCGCUCUUCCAAGAGCCCAGAAACGACUCAUCCAACUCCUCGCAAAAGGAUCAACCAACGACCCCACCACCUCCGCCAAAUCCUGGUCCCUUGACUUCCUCCUCUCUCCCGAAUGUCUACAUUGGUCCCCCGUCCACCCCUACCGCCUCUCCCACGUAAGAUUCGCCCGCAACGAGCUCGACCCCUCCGAUCCCUUCCUCCCCAGCGCCAAAGUGACACCCAAGUACCUAUCCAGCGGCAAGCGCGCAGAGGUCAACAUCCCCGCCAACACCUUCUUCCGCAGUGUCGGCUAUAAGUCCCUUCCACUACCCGGACUAGAAGACCUAGGUAUCCAGUUCGACGAACGCCGCGGGGUGAUUCCCAACGACGGCUUCGGGAGAAUUACCACCCCAGCCAACACCGGCGACAAGGAACAGCUCCCCGACGGAUCAUUGAUCUCGCAUCUGCCGGGUCUUUACUGCGCUGGCUGGGUCAAGCGUGGCCCUACAGGCGUCAUUGCUACGACGAUGAUGGAUGCGUUUAGUACGGCUGAUGCUAUUGCUGCUGAUGUGGCUGGUCAGGAUGGUAAAGCGUCAUUGUUGAACUCGCCGGGUUAUAGCUCUGGACUUGGUUGGGAGGGUGUCCGUCCUGAAGCUGAGAAGCGGGGUUUGAGGGCUACGUCGUGGGCGGACUGGGAACGCAUUGAUCGUGCAGAACGGGAGCGUGGACAGGAGAAGGGUAAAAUUCGGGAUAAGUUUGGGAGGGUGGAGGAGAUGCUUGAGGUAUUGGGGUGAUGUUGUAGCAUGAACGUGUGUAUAUAUAGACAAUGAUGUACAGUAGAAAUGAC